AUCAAAGUAAAAAAAUAAUUAAAAUAAAGUAAUAAAAACAUAGAGGAAGAAUAAAAGAUAGAAAUGGGUUCGAAGAAGGUUCAAGUUGCAUGUAUUUUUGCAUGGAUUGUGUUUGUUAUUACAAGAGUGGAAAGCGCCGAGUUUAACGUUAAAACGUAUGGAGUUAAAGGUGAUGGCCAAUCCGACGAUAGCCAGGCAAUUCUUAAAGCAUGGGCAGAUGCAUGCAAAGCAACAGACCCAAGCAAGCUCAUAGUUCCUGCAGGAAAGUACAUGGUGGGUCCAAUGAAAAUAUUGGGUCCAUGUGGCAAUCCAGUAACUUUUGAAGCAGACGGUGCAACUUUUAUCGCACCAACUGAUCUCUCAUUGUUUAAAGGACAAGAUGGAUGGAUCCUUUUCUACGGCAUUGAAGGUCUUACUAUCUCUGGCCUCACACUCGAAGGCAAAGGCGAGAUUGGUUGGAAGACAAAUAACUGUAAAAAAAGUUUCAGUGGAAAUUGCAAAUUCCUCCCCAUUAAUUUGAAUUUGGGAGGUUUAACAAAUGCACUGGUGAAAGGUGUAACAUCUAUAGAUAGCAAGUUUUUCCACAUGAAUGUGAUUCAGGGGAAAAAUGUGACCUUAAGUGACAUAACUAUUACGGCACCAGGAGAUAGCGAAAACACCGAUGGCAUCCACAUUGGUCGUUCCACCGGGGUAUCCAUUCUCGGUGCAACAAUAAAAACUGGUGAUGAUUGUGUCUCUCUUGGGGAUGGAAGCAAACAAGUCAGCAUUGAGAAUGUGAAGUGUGGGCCAGGUCAUGGUAUUAGCAUUGGAAGCUUAGGAAAAUACAAAGAUGAACAACCAGUAGAAGGAGUGACGGUGAAGCACUGCACCCUCACCGGCACAACAAACGGUGUGAGAAUAAAAACAUGGCCAGCAUCUCCAGAGGGUAUUGCCUCUGGCAUGCACUUCGAAGAUGUCACGAUGGAGAAUGUCAGCAACCCAAUAUUGAUCGAUCAAGAAUAUUGCCCAUGGAAUCAAUGCACGGCUGGAGUUCCAUCUAAAGUGAAGAUUAGCGAUGUCAGCUUUAAGAAUAUAAAGGGGACUUCUGCUACAAAAGUGGCUGUCAAACUCGCUUGCAGCAAAGGAGUCCCAUGCGAGAAAGUAGAGGUGGGUGAUAUCAAUUUAGAAUAUCACGGAACCAAUGGCACUGCCAUCUCUGAAUGCAGCAACGUCAAGCCUACGCUCUCUGGCAAACAAUCCCCUGCCGUUUGUGAUGGUGCUGCAGGUGGAGGUGCUGCUGCUCCUGCUGGCACUGCGUCUGCUUAAGCUUUUCAGUUAAAUAUAUAUUACUAAAACAUACUCAUAUAUAUAACAAAUUUAGGAUGCUUAAUGUGGUUUUAAGCUCUUAGCACAUGCAAGGAAAAAGACAGAACCAACCACUAAUUUGUUUGUCAGUUAUUGCCCCAUCUAUGUUGCCUCUAAUUUGUAUGCAUAGUUGUGCAGUAAAGUAAUUGAAAACGA